AUGCGUACGAUAUUCAUACCCUCAACAAGACAUACACCAAAUUUGAAAAGAACUUCUUUAGACGACAAAGCGUUGAUCGACUGUGAAAGGGAAAAUGUCGUUGAACUCCAUAAUGAAGUUAUGGAUGGAAUUAGCUUGCUUCGAAAUCAAAUGGUGGAAAUUCAAGGCAAUAUGAGCAGAGCUAAUGCUGAGCGGUUAGAACAGGUUGAUUCCUUUGCAAAGAAGAUUCAGGCUGAAGAAGAUGCUAAUGUUGCUGCCGAGAAAGAGAAGAAUCUCAUUACUCAAGGCGUUGACAAUAGCGGCAGGAGAGGUGGUGGUGUUUCAACAGGCACCAGAUCAAAGCGAAAGCCAACCGGUAAUGAUAACGAUAGGCCAAUCAAAAGAGGCGGAGGUCGCAUCGGUGAUCAUAGUGGUAGAAGUAGUGAAGGUGAUCGUGGUGGUAGAAGCAGUGGAUGUGAUCGUGGUGGUAGAAGUGGUGGAAGUGAUCGUGGUGGUCGUUCUCUCCCUCCUAUCGAAACCUUCUGA